UUAAAAAAAUAUUAUAUUAAAAAACAAUGUAUGUGUGAAAUAUCAUGUGCACAGUAAAGUUUCAUACAUUAUUCCUGAGAUUUCUUAUGACAAAUUCUCACCAGUCUUUAUGUGACGAAACGAUAACGAAAACAACAAAAACAAACAUUUUCAUGUUUGACAUGUGGCUUUAUUGUUAGAGCCGCGGCAGAACGGCAGGACAGGUAGAACAGGUGUGAGGUGUCAGGUUUCACUGUGGUCUGGUGGCUUGGAGGAGUCGAUCCCGACGGACUCAAAAACACACGAUUCCUUCCUUUUUUAACUGAAUCUCGAAAUAAUCUGCAAACUGGUAACGUUACGUGCAGCCAUGGCACCCAAAUAUGACGGCCUGUCUCACUGUAAGCUGGCCCUGGUGUUUGCUGUGCUGAUGGACCUGUUGGGUGUGACAUCCCUGCUGCUGGGGGUCUUUGCUCCACUGGAGAUCCAAGGCAGAGACUUUGGGGAUCUGCUGGUGUACUCAGGUGCCCUGCUGGUGCUGUUCUCCCUGGCAGGCUGGGUCAUGUGGUACAGUGGCAACAUUGAAGGCCUGACCUCCAGAAAGGAGCUGGGGGGAGCAGUUGAGGGAGCCGUUGACCGCCUCGCCCGCUCCCUCAGCCGAAGGAUACGGAUCCCAAGGACUCACAGCAGCCCAUCAUAGGAGGUGGAUACAAAGGAUUUCAACAACUACAUGAAGCUGUCUUUAACCAGGCGGCAGGCCAGACUGCCUGAGGCAAGGGCGUGGCAUAUUCUCUUAACAGCACUUCUCAUGUGGAGUUAACAAACACCCCAUUCACAUGGAGAAAAACUUUCACGGUCAUUUGUUUUUUUUUUUCCAUCAGGAAAAACAAGAUAGUUUGUUUCCUUUCUGCUCAACAGGCUGCAUGUGGACUUCACUCCGGAUUGAAAUGUAAUAGAACUACUAUGGAUUUCAACAUAAAAAGAUUAAAAAGAUCUAUCUGCUAUGUUAUUUUCGCGAUUGCCUCUGAAGUUAUACAUUCGUUGGUUGAUUUUACUGUCACCACGUGGAAUCAAACCUACCACAUUAACCAUUCAAGACAUGUUUUAUUGACAAUAAUCACGAUUGCACAAGGUCGAGUCAGAAUGAAUACUCAAGUCUUAACUGUUUGUCCAAGAAGAUUAGGAGGCGGCUAUGACAUCAACCUGUACUUAUAAACUUGUAAGUGCACAUAAAUACUGCAUAGGACACUUGAAAGAUGUUCUCUCCCCCAUUUUACAAAAGAUA